UGGGAUGAUGGUGGACGAUGGCACGUCGGGCGGCAACUUGGACGCGCUCUUAGCCGGCCGUGCCAAAGACCUCGGCCAGCUCAGGGCGCUCGUGGGCGACGCCCUUACGCCUCUGCACGACGACGUGUGGCUGUUGCGGUACCUCCUCAGCAACGAGACGCCGGCUGCGUGCGAAGCUCCGAUUCGGUUCACGAUUCAGUGGCGGGCGGCGCGGGCCGACACGAUCGCCGCGCUGCACGCUGGCGCCAAGCCUCCGCUCCACGCCGAGAUUGAAAAGUACUUGGUGGCCGGCGACCACAAGUUGACGCGUCUCGGCGAGCCGCUUGUGAUUGUGCGCAUUGGGCUGUGCAACAGCAAGGCGCUCAUGAACAAUGUUGCGUACGAUGAUGUGGUCGAGUAUAUGAUGCUGGCGCGGGAGGCGACAAUGGUCUACCUGGACCAAACGUCGCGCGCGACACGGACGCUGGUCAAGGCCAGUACGAUCUUGGACUUUAGCGGGUUUUCGCUGCUUCGCGGCCAUGACGCACGCUUCUCGCGCGUCCAGGGCGAGUGCAGCAAGCUCUCGGAGCAAAUGUACCCGCAACUGCUUGGCCGCACCAUCUUUGUCAACACACCGGCGGUGUUUUCUUGGGUCUUUAAGCUGCUCAAACCGCUCUUGAGCGAACGCACGGUCGCCAAGAUGGUUAUCUGCCCCGGCGGCAAACAACUAAGUGACUGCCCGUAUGUCGCCAACUAUCUCAAUCUCUCGGACCUCCCGACGUUCCUUGGCGGCCAGUGCAUGUGCGACGGGCGAGGUUGCAUCGGCGGCCUUCCCAAUUCACAGACGACCCCGCUCACGGGCGUCAAUGACGACGGCCUCGCCUCCAUGACGCUGGCGCCGCGCUCAACGCAAACGAUCGAGCGCUCGAUCGCCUCUGGCUGCGUGCUCGAGUAUACGCUGGGCGUCCCCGGCAAGCGCGUGCUGGUCAGCGUCGGCUUUAUUGGCGCAUCCACGGUGCUACCAAUUCUACCGGCGCAAUUUCUGGAUCAAGCGACCGGGUGUAUCGAUGGCGUGUGGUCGGCGCCCUCGGACGGCGUACUUCGACUUCACUUUGAUGCCAACGACGCCGUCUUUCGCAGCCGCGAUGUCCAGUAUAAGGUCGACGUAGUCGCGUCGGCUUUAUUGUGAGUUUAUAGUCGUGUAUAAGUUUAUAAGUGUAUCAUUGAGAUACGUUGCUGCACC